AUGAAUCAAUUAAAUCUUCCAAAUAUAAUAGCAGAAUAACAGUAAACAGGUCUUUAAAAUGAAUCAUACCAAGAAGAUCUAAAACAAUAAAAUCUUUGGGGUUUUGGUUAGUCAUAAGAAAACAAUGUUUUCAAAAAGAAUGAUUUCUAAUCAACAAUUAAUUUUGAACUCGUCCUAUAAUAUUAUAUUGGAGAAAAUUGCUACGCUAUGGAUUUUGAUACGUCCUUAUCAUUGAUAAUAAUUGGAGAUAGAAAUGGAUUUAUACAAUUAUUUAAAUUUCAAUCGAACAAGUUGAAAAAACAAAAAAUAGUCAAAGGUCACAGAUAAGUAAUUUGCAUAGUAGUUUUAAAACAUUCAAACUAAUUCAUAUCAAGUGGAGAUAAAAUCAUUAAAAUCUGGUCAUUUCAAGGCACCUAUCUAAGACAUUUGUAAUAUUUAUCUGGUCAUUCAAGACCUGUUAGAUGUAUACUUGUAAGUCAUCAUGAAGAUCUAAUUGUAUCUGGAGGAAAUGAUUGUUAUAUUAAAUUUUGGAUUAGAAAAGAUAAUAUUUGCAAUUUUGACUAAUAAUUAUUAGAACACGAAAAUUGGAUUUGUGGAAUGAGUUUAAAUGAAUCAUAAAAUUAAUUGAUUUCGACAGCUUGGGAAGAACCUUUAAUAAAAAUAAGCCAAUAAUAGCCUUGUAAGACAUGGAUUGUUAUUUAAACAAUUUAAAUUGAUAUAUGGGGUGCAAGGAUCUGUUUUCUAAAUAAUGAAAUGUUUUCAUUCUAACCUUUUAAUGGUUAAUCUAUGCAACUAUAUUAAUUUUAAUCUUAGAGUAAAGUAUAUACUAUAUCCAAAACUUUAGAUGUGUAAUAAAGUAAAUUGGGUUGUACUAACUUAUUCCCAUCGUAAUUUAUUAAAGAAAAAUAGAUUUUAGUAAAAAAAAAUGGAUAAUGUGUUAAUAUCAUUUCCAUAAAAAAUAAUAAUGAUUGUAUUUUAUAACAAUAACUGGAGUUUGACCAUUAUUGUGUAAAUGGGAGUAUUAGUCAUGAUGGCUAAUAUUUGAUCACAUGGGACUUGAGUUCAAGUUAAAUAUAAAUAAGGUAAUUGCUAAAUUAUUAAAAAAAAUGA